UUACACCGUCUCCGAUCACUGAAAUUCUUCCACUAGCAAAAGUCUGGGAGUCUAGUGUGCGCUACAAUGCUUGUGAGAAGUUAACAGACAUUCAUACGUAUUGGUGCUCGCACUGAAAAGAUUUGAAACAUCCAGUUGGAACGGAAGCGAUACAGAAUGACUCUCCUCCUUGGGGUUUAUCUCCAGUAAUGUAGCUGGACAUUUAAAAAUGGAGACAAACAGAAGGAAUUUGAUGAAAACAUUCAUGGAGAAGGAGAACCAAAUAAAUGUAACAUCGCACAGAACAAUUGUGACGACGGCGGGAUUCUGCGGUUUGAGCCCCCUGUCUGUCUGUUUUCGUCAUUGUGUCCUUGGACUAGUCACCUGCUCCUUACAUUAUUUGAUUGGUCCUUGACCAAGUACCAACAUCCCCAAGGCCUAACACCAGUCACUGGUUGGGGACUGAAGUUUGUCGUUAUAAUUAAGGCUUCACAAAAAUAAAUCACUUGCAAUGAAGUUACAUUUUCCUCGCUCCUCUCUUCUACAACUGUGCUUCCAACUCUCUUUGUGAACUUUAGCGUGUUGGGAACUGCUGCAGUGAGACUCCAUCCAACCGGCUGAAUAACUUAUUAACAUACAAAGUGUGAACUCAUUACACUUGGAAUACAUUAGCAAACCCUUGUUGUGUGCCCAUUGUGCUACUAAAGUUGAAUACACUGAUGUUACGAUGAUCGCAAUAUUUUUUGGGGCGACUGUGGUGACAGUGGGUCGCCAGUUCGAUUCCCAUUCCAUCUGAAUCUGUCAUUGUGUCUUUGGGGAAGACGCUUCACCUGCCUUGCCUGUUGGUGUUGGUCAGAAGGGCUGACAUGAUAGCCAGACCGCCCCAGUAGGUUGCCAUCAUUGGUGUGUGAAUGGAAUUGACAAAUUUUCUUGCAAAGCCUCUUUGAGGGUCCUGGAAAGCGCGAUACAAGUCUGAUGUCACUUCAUCUUCUAAGCAGAUCAAGGCUGUGGAAACUGCAGCAACAAAAUACGUCUUACAUCGGAACAUGCUAGUUUCUUCCAGAUCAUCUUGGUAAACUUUGAUUUACCAUCGUUGGGAUAUUUGCAGUUAAAACAACAGAUGUGUGUAUUGGCCAUCUGCUGUGGCCAGCCUCCGUCUUUGUCUCUGCUCCUGCACCUCUGUAUCAGUAGCCAUGUGUCAUUAACUCGUUUCCUUUCCUCUCGGCACCUCUGCCCCUUAGUUUGCAGAAUUCUUUCAUCACUCUUGUCUCUCCCCCCGCCUGGGUCGGGGUACACGGCCAAGAAAGGCAAAGGAAUGGAGGGACGAACUGUAGAUAAAGGGGGGAAGACGGAUAGAGGGAUGGAAAAAGGCAGGGAUGAAGAGGCAAAACAAGCACUGAAUACAAAUGAGCUGACACACAUAAUGCUCUCCCUCCCUCCGUUUCCCUCUCUCUCUCUUUCUGCUCUCGAUCACUGUCUCCCUCACACCGUUUCUUCCCUCUUGCACACGUUCUUGCGCUCUCCGGCUCCUCUCGGCGUCCUCUCUGCUGGAUCAAUGGAGCGCAGGAGGUGAUUUCAGCCCCUUGAUUUAUUAGUCACCCCUGGUUGCUGGAACAAGCCAAUUAAAGAGGAUUCCGAGUGUGUGCUCCUGAGACGGAGACGAUCCUGAGACGGAGACGAUACUCUUCUGCUGCUCCCUCACGCUUUUACUGUGGACCAGGAGGCAGCGAGGAGAAGAGGGUUGCAGGGUGGUGUGGAGGGGUGGUGGUGGGUUUCUUGGACGAGGAAGAGAAGAAGGACGUAACGAGGGACAAUUUCACGCCACUUUAGCAUCAUUUGUUCUGUCAUGGCCAGGACAUAGGACUCCACAGCAAACAUCAGCUUGGCGGCAAGGUACCCAAGGUUAAGGGAAGUGACGGCUGGGCCGGGUCAACAGGGAGGGAUGGCGCUGGAGGAGAAGCCUGGUGUAAAGAGCAGCAGCUCCAUCGUUCCCUGCUUCCUGUUUGUGGAGCUGGUGAUCAUGGCUGGGACGGUGCUGCUGGCUUACUACUUCGAGUACACGGACACCUUCCCCGUCCACAUCCAGGGCUUCUUCUGCUACGACAAGAGCUUCUCUAAGCCCUACCCCGGUCCGGACGACGCCAGCAAAAUCCCGCCGGUGCUCGUCUACUCGCUCGUGACAGCCGUCCCCACGGUCACGAUUCUUGUUGGGGAACUUUGUGCGUUCUUCACCAAGGCAGAGGGAACCCAGGAAAAGACCAUAGUCACCGCAGACUGCUGCUACUUCAACCCCCUGCUCAGGCGCAUUGUACGCUUCUUAGGAGUGUACGCCUUCGGCUUGUUCACCACUGUCAUUUUCGCCAACGCCGGCCAGGUGGUGACAGGAAACCAGACGCCUCAUUUCCUGUCCGCCUGCCGACCAAACUACACCGCGUUGGGCUGCCAGUCGACCAUGCAGUACAUCACCGAACGCCGCGCCUGCACGGGCAACCCGCUGAUUGUCAUGUCUGCGCGUAAAUCCUUCCCGUCUAAGGACGCAGCGCUCAGCGUGUACUCUGCCUUGUACACAGUGAUGUAUGUGACACUGGUGUUUAAAACCAAAGGCACCCGGCUCACCAAGCCCACCAUCAGCCUCACUCUGCUGUGCCUGGCCGUGCUGGUGGGAGUGGUGAGGGUCGCUGAGUACCGCAACCACUGGGCUGACGUGCUGGCUGGAUUCUUCACCGGUGGCGCCAUCGCUGUGUUCUUGGUAACUUGUGUCAUUAACAACUUCCAACAGUUUCAGCCAAGCCCGCCUCCGCUGCGACCCCAACGUCCUGAAUCCAUGCUGGGCAUGCCCAUGGUGACACUGCCUUGUGUGGAAAGUCCACUCGAAAAGUUAAGUGGCCCUCAGCACCCUGCACUCUCUGCCUCCCCGCCACCUUUCAACGCCUACAUCCAGCCAUUCUAACCAAACCUGAACCCCCUUUUUGUUACUGUCAUCCCUCCACUAUCUCUGUCUUAUUUCUGUUCGCACAUCCUCUCUGUCUCUCUCUCCCUCCAUUACCCCCGACCUUGAACAAUCAGUUCAUUCGACACAUUGCACUGGAUUAUUCUUCUCUCCACCCCGUCCCUCUGUCCCCUUCGCCUUCUUCUUCUUUUCCUUCUUCUCCCCCCCCUGACUCCCCGACCUCUCUCUCCUUCUCACUCCUCUCUCUACCCCUGCAGACUCCGCGGGAAUCUCCAUUCACAGAGAUCACAUGACCAUCAGCCCUAUCGGUUCCCCGCCACCCCCGAUGUCCUCGUACAGUCUCGCUCCAUUUCCAGCGAAGUCUAGACCAGCCGGAGCAGCAGCACUCGCCACACUGCGCGGCCCAUGGGUCGGGUCGGAGCACCAUGCUGCAUCGCUCCUAUUCCACGCAGGUCUAGGCCCAGCAGACAGUGACCACUCCCCCUUCCACGCCCCAUAAACUUCCUUAAAUGCCGGGGAACCGAUAGGCAAACUAUUUCAGACUUCUUUCUUAAAAUACUGUGAACAAUCAGCGGAGAGUCACCCAUCUCUCUUGAGUGAUUCAUUUUUACAUUCUUUUGUAUCGAAUCAGUCGCAAUGGAUUUCUUCUGCUUUGACUUAAGAGAUUUUUGUACCGCUAAGUUCACACCUGUGGAACAAGAGGCGGGAUCUGACAGCCAGUGGGGGGAUGACCUCCGCCACAUUGGACCAAAGACACUCGCUGCAGGCAAUGUGUCGAAAUCUGUUAAAAACACCUUUUUACCGAGCCACACACUCAAAAUAAUCAUAAGCUGCGUUUCCAUUAACCCUAUAAUUGCACAAUUUGACAUUUCUGAAAAACACAUUUUUCAAUGAAAGCGGUGCUACAUGCUAUUGAAUCAUGGGGUGUACUUAGAUUUGUCUAUGACUAUGUUAGCAAUCAAAUGCACUUUCUUUUUUCAUAACUGCAUACCGCAAAUGUUUUUGAUUUUAAAGUCCCAUUUUAGGUUGUUAACUGUUUAACAAUUUAACAGGUGUCGGUAUUUCAUCACUUUAACUUUUAAUAGCGUAGUUGCCGAAAGUCAUAUUUAGGCCAAAUUGGGAUAUCUGCGUAAUACUGACCUCUUUACCUUGCUACGUCAAAAUACAUUUGCUUAAUGGAAACAUGCUAAUUUUGAAAAAACUUGUUUUUCAAAAUUUUUGUCACUAAAAUAAGGUGUUUUUUUAUUUAUUUAUUAAAACUAGUUUAAUUCACAAAACUGCUAAAUACUUUUUUCAUAUCAUACAAGUCAUGAUCAACAACAGGAUGUUAUCUUUGGCUCAAACCAUGAAGAAGACAACGGGAAGUAGUAAGAACUGAAACGUUGCGAUUGCAAAUUUGUGGGGGUUUCUUGACAUUAGCGGAACAUUGACAACGUUUUGUGCACAUUUGCAACGGAAACGCAGCUGUAAGCACACGUGUUUUUUUUUUUUUUCUUUUUCCUGCUCAUCUCAAUCGAACGCGCCGCUGACAUUUGGGUGGUCCACUCUGUACUGCGUGCGGUCCAUCUCGAGCAAAGCACGGUCGGCAGAAACAACCGACAAAAACAGACAGGAGGAAAAAGCACAGAACCUAUCAGCUGCCUGUCUUCUUUAGAGCUUUUUUUUUUCCCACCCUGAGAUGGGUGAAAUUUUACCAAAUUCUAGUGGAAAAAGUAUCAGAGUUGCUGACCGCAGCCAAAUUAAUGUUGUUUUGUUGUUGUUGUUCCUACAUGCUGUAUGAGAUUCUUGUUUGGUUGUUGUUCCGCUGGGUUUGGAACAUUGUUUUCCCAAAAAAAAAAAGUAUCUUUUUUUUCUACGGAUCUCCCCGGCAGUGUAGCUCUUCUGACUGAUUCUGAAGACUUUAUGUUCACUGAUCUGUAUAUAAGACGUAGAUGCCAUAAGCGCCACAUGCGGUGAGACAGUUUUGCUGAAUUUGAUUUGCACACUCUGCCCCUUCAUCUCCCCUCCCAGACACGGUGCCAUCAUUGUGCUGUGAAAGGGUUCCCCCUGCUGGAUGGCCUGUGCACAAACACACUAAGAAACAAAGGGAAAAAAAAACCUUCUCAACAUAUUGCAACCUUAAAUGUAUUUUAUUAGGAUUUAUUGAUGAUAGACCAAUACAAUGCAUCGGAAAGGAAAUACUUAUCAAAAUUUUUCUGAAAAAAUAAUUUAAACCUAAAUUUAUAUCUACCCCCUUUAUUCUGACUGAUUAAAAUAAAUCCAGUGUAAUCAGUAUCUUUAAUGAGACUAUUAGUGAUUGGAGCUAAUUCAGGUCCAAUCACUAAACAGAAUUGAAGGAGGUUGACUUGAUAUCUGGCAAUGAUUUAUAUCAAAGCACGUUCACAUUUAAAAAUGGCCUAGUCAAAGUCUAGACCAAAAUCCUCUUCAUAAUUCCAAGCUGUUCAGAGCUGGUGGACAGCGUUGUAAAACGCCCGACAUGGCCACUGAAAGGUGGUUCUAGAAAGUUCUGCCUUGGGGAGGCAAGAAGGAGAAUGAAUACAAACGCGCUCCACACUGUUAAGAUUUUCAUUCAAGUAUCGUUUUCCCUCCACGUCACAAAUGUGCAUAACGUAGUUUUGGUCCAUCAUGUAAACUAACCAAUAAAAUGCACUUGCAUUGGGAGGUUUGAUAAAAUGUUGAGAAGUUUAAGGGAUGCCAACACUUUUGGAACGUCACUGCACUCUAAAGCACACAUAUGCAUAACUAGGUGUUGCCAUGCCCGCGCUCCUCCACACCCACUUUCUAACCCUGAAUCUUCUUUGUAUGAUACUGUAAAUAGAGACAUUUUUGUACUUGGGCAGCAGAAUUUUUACUAAUUUCACUUCAUGUUGAAAUUGGGUGAAACUGUGUGGAUUUUUAAAAUGUAUUUUGAUGGAGAACGUGGAUUCUGACUUUGCAACGCCGAACGGGUUGAGAAAUGUUUAAAUGACUCGCCCUUCGUAUCCAGCUGUAACCAACCAAUGUGAGCGUCUCCUGGGAGUUUCUGUGGGAUCACACUGUUUUAUUGUUCUGGCUAAAUCUAAGUACACCCUGGCAACUUCCACGAGAUUUAAAGUUUGUUAAAAAAAUUUAAAAAAAUUAUAAUAAUUGGAAAGAAAAUGUUUUGAAACUGAAAAUAAAGAUUUGAAAAAAAAAAAGACUUUGAAUCUGAAAAGUAUUUAUGAACAUUUUUCAGUUUUAAACUUUUUUUUGUUUCAAAUAUUUUAUUUCUGUUUUAAAAUAGGUUUUCAGUUUCAAAUCUUUCGUUUUUGCCGUUUCAAUUUGUCAUUCUUUUGAACAAACUUCAUGGAAAGUUUUCCUCUGGCAUCUAACGAAGUCCUGUAAACACGUCAGGAGAGAUGUUGAGGCUAAGAGCGGUGAUACAUGCUAGUGAAUCCUGGGGGUGUACUUAGAUUUGUCUAUGACUGUGUUAGCAAACAAAUUUUCUUUUUUCAUGACUGUAAACUGCAAACCUUUUUCAGUUUUAAAGUCCCAUUUCAGGUUACUGAUCGAACACGUGUUUUUAUUUCGCCACUAACAUACGUGAUGUCAGCCUCAAAGCAUAAUUGCCUGAAGUUAUGUUUAGGCCAAAUUGAGAUAUUUGUAAUAUUGAUCUCCUCACACUGCUCCAUCGCCUCAGCCUAUCAGAACACUUGUUACCGUCCAAAACUAAUGUUUUUCAAUUCCCAUGUUUCCCGCUUUCUCUCGUUUUCCAAAAACUCUCAAAUGUGGCUUUGACAAUUAUGCUACGAGGUUAGCGGUGAGUAUCAUGAACAUUUCAACUUCACACAUGAUUUAUUGUGAAUGUAAAUCUCUUCAGUAUAAAACAGCUGUAGGAAUUGCUCAUGCAUCAUUAACUGUUUUUCCAUUGGCCAAAUAAUUGACAUAUCAAAAAUAAAUUUGCUCAACGGAAAAUGCCAAUGUUAA